AGUACUUUCCUGCAGGCACUGGUGUACAUAACAGUUCUGACACCAGUACUUUCCUGCAGGCACUGGUGUACAUAACAGUAAGGUUUUAAACCAAACAGAAUGCUGGGUGUGUUCGCAAGUACCUCAAGGUCAGAGCAAGUCAGGACUAGUACCAUAUCCCUUAACAAUAGAUGAGGUACUUGAAUUAAGGGGUGGGAGACCGGUGGACAAGAAAUUUAAUAUUUCUAGGCCUCCUAGUUUGAAGCUCCACCAAUAUCAUGUGGAUAGGUCCUUAAUAUGUUUUAACAUUUCCAAUCCCCGAAAGCCGGGAAAUUGGUAAGUGACAUGGAACAACCAAACCAUGGCAUUUUCACACAGAGCCGAUAGAAUGCCCAUAGACCCUGAAUUUAUAUGCCAGAUAGCCGACGGUGGGAGAUAUUUUCGGUAUAGGUACACUCUAGGAAGUAGGACCAUGCGGGUUGGAGAAGUAUCUCCAGGAUACUGUGCGCAUAUCAUAUAGCCUGAUACGUGUACUGAACAGAUGAGAUAGUUAGGGAUAGGAUUUUUUACCUGGAAGGUUUGCAAUAUGGUGAUGUCAUAUUCUGUCCCAUAUGUUCUCCCCGAUGAUGCAUAUUUCAUAUGUGGGAGGAAGGCAUAUAAGUGGCUUGCCCCAAACUCAGAGGGAUUGUGUUACAUUGGGAGAGUGUUGCCAGAAGUAAUGACCAUUACCCAUAAUAAGAUGAAAGACAUUCACCGCAAUGCUCAAGCUCCUUACACUCACACUCACUACGAACACAUCGUUAAGAGACACCUUAUAGAUAGGACAGAGCACGCAGCCUCUAAUUUGAUCCACGAAUCCACCGGGAUUCAAUUCCUACUCGCAUUAGAUAUCACCCGUACCGCCAGAGGAAUUAUAAAUUUUAGGUAUAUUCAUGCGCUUGCGAACCUGAUAGACAAUAUCACCGAGGUGUUUGAUGACACCUUCAGGUAUACUGCAAGCUUACAAAACGGAACUGAUUCAGCACAGGAUGGUUCUCAAUUACAUCACAGCGGUGACGGGCGGGUAUUGUGUCACCCUAGCAACUCAGUAUGGUGUGAAGUGCUGUACAUAUAUCACAAACAGCACUGAUGACCCAACCGAGGUCAUAGACCAAAAGAUGGACGAUAUCUUGCAAUUGAAGUGGGAGUUCCGAAGGAGACACAACCUUACCCUUACUGCUGUGAGUAAUGAACUGACUGGCUGGGUUUCAUGGUUGAACCCACGCAAUUGGUUCUCAGGUUUAGGAGAAUGGGCUCAAAAUGUUAUCGUGAAUGUAGGAAAGUUUCUCCUUUGUAUGCUGGGAGUUGUCAUAAUGAUUGGUUUGAUAUUUAGAUGUGUUCAAUUUUUAACACGGCGCAAGCACAGUACCAAAGUGAUGAGUUUGAGGAGCGAGGGCAUUGUUACAAUAACUGGUUUAAUUUAUGACCCAUCAAUUGAGACAAUGUUGUGAUAAGACGUGAUUCCACGGUCCGUUUCUUUCACCCGUUUCUCCUUUGUUUUUCUCCCAAGCAAAAAGACAUCCAUUCGGAAGAGGACUACAGACUUUGAGGAAGAAGACUACAGACCUUUGAUGGACAUAUCCACAGACUUUGAGAGACACUUUAGAGACUUUAAAAGACUUUUUAUGGACACUUGAAAGACUUUGAUUAUCACCGACAGCAAGGAUACACCUAUCCGGACAAGACUUCAACAGACACCCAAGGACACUUGCACACAUUAUUAUGUGAAUGUAUUUGUGACAUGUUUCUUAUCUUCAUCUCUACAACCUUCAGGUAGUGACACACAUUGUCGACAGGUGACAUAGGUACAUAUAUUAGCAUUCACAUGUUUUCCCCUUCCAUGUAUCAUCAACUAAAAUGUGCACCCCAUUUGUUGGAACAAGAAGCCGAAAAGAGCUCGGUAGUGUUUGUUGGCCCACUUACAGACCCUUAAUACGGGAUAAGAAGGAUUUAAUGUAUACUUCGCAAUACCUCGAAGCUUAUCUAGAACAUGUACGGCACGAUGAUACAUGCCCCCCCAGACAUGAAGUUCAUACAUACAUGCUUUUACUAUCUCACUAGGCCAUACAUUUCCUGCCUACUCCUCUCCUCCCUCCACCCAAUCAUAUAUAGGUAUAUCAUAUGUAUUGUAUAUUUUUCUGCUUAAAUGUUUAGAUUGUGGCAGUUAUUGUUGACUGCCAAAGGGUGGACUGUCAAAGUCGAAAAAUAUUGUAAUACAUGUCCAUUGUACUAACCCCUCAUGCACGUGCACGCUGCUCGUGCACCCGGUCCCCCGUGCGUACACAUGUCCGCAAGUUGCGUAGGAGACGCUCCGGCGACUCGUGCGCAUGAUAUGUGUAUUUACGGCGGAGUUUGUGAGCGUGUAGCGUGCGACUCGAACAUAGCAUAAUUAACCCAAAUAGUGCAUUUUGUAGACAUAGUUCCCUUAGAUCAUGUCAGCGAGUAAUGUUAGUUUAAACAGUUCCUGGACGGAGAGAUUCAUCUUUGCAUGAUAGGAAGGGUCAGACAAAGGUUGAUAGGUGAUGUCUAGUAUCCAGCUGUAGGGUAUUUUAAGGGUAACAUUCCGGUGUUAGUUAGGAAAAGAUCGCUUGCUCCUGCGUAUAGUUAUGUACAAAAGUAGAUUAUGAACAUUAACUGUAUUUGCUGUAAAUUACACAUGCGGCGAGAAUCCUGAGGAUACCACCCACCAGAGCAGUUGGGAAAGGACAUCGCCUACCUGUUCAAAUCCACCUAUGACCUUUGCUGUAAUGUAGAGACACAUCCCUGUGUCCAAUGAACAAUGAGAUUACAGGGACCAUUGUAUUGUGAAUGUAUGCUGUGUAUAAAAAGACCACUGUUGCCUGGCCGGACUCAAGACUCUGAAGGCUUUCUCCCUGAUAGCUGAGGACUGGUCCAGGACGCACUUGCGAACGAUUCCCCACGUAUGUAUAUUCUCUGUAGCCAUUAUUCUCUGUUAUUCUGUUAGAUUUCCUUGUUAGCCUGUAGUGUAUAACUUGUAUCUGUUUACCCCUUUUCUCUGAAUAAUCCGCUGUGGUGUUAGAGCCCAGUGGUUCACACAAACCGGUGUUGUGUUUUCACUUUUCUGCAAAGGGCUUUCUUAGCGUCUCAAUCGCUAUAAGGUGUAUAGGCAUUGUUAAGGUGUUUAAGGUAUUACAUCGUUGCAGUACUAGACUGCUAAGGUUUAAAGUAUAAGCACAUCCUUACACUGUUUCAUUACUUAAAGGUUUACUGUAUAUCAUUCUGUGAGCGUCCGUGCCGCUCGUGUCUCACGCCCACGGCACAACGUCUGUUACGCUAAUAGCGUAUCAAUACGGUACCUAGUACGCCAAUAGCGUGCUUAGUACAAAGUGUGAAUCUGUAAGCGUCCGUGCCACUCGUGCAUCGCGCCCACGGCUCAGCGUCUGUUACGCUAAGUGCAUACCCAUACGGUACUCAGUACGCAAAUAGCGUACUUAGUCCGUAGUGUGUGUAAUAAGUCUAGCGGCCAUAGCGGCUCCACGGUAAUAGUGUAUAGCUUUAUGUUUUAAGGUAAUAUUUUACAUUAUCAAUACCAUGCACCCAUUAUGUGAUCAAUGUGUACAAUAUAAAAUAUACAUCACAAUAUUAGAUGGCACUACUGUCUUUGUAAAAUUAUUUCUGCUGAACACUAACAGACAUCCACACGAAUUAAGCCACAGGCAAAUGCUAGUAAUAUGCUAGUAUUAAUAAUAAUAAUAAUACUUUUAUUUAUAUAGCACUCUUUCUCCAAUAGGACUCAAGAUGCUUGGCUAUUAGGUUGAUGGAAUUGGUUUGGUGUUCUUCUGGUUGAUGAUAUGUCCUAUCAAGUAUAGUGAGAUUGGAGUGUGAGAAUGCAUCCAGCCAGCCUUUCCUGAAGGAUGAUCUCACUGUUUCUUUUAAAUCGGAAUCUAUGAUUUUGUGCAUGGAGAACAAAGUGCCUUGGUCAAAUUGCCGACUAAAUUGACACAAGAAUCGACAUAGACUCGGACAAAGCAGAUCAAUCCCAUGACAUGAUAGAGCACAGACCUAAUGUCCCUGGUGGCCCUGCGGUCACUUACCUGGUCCCGGCAGCAGUGGUGUCUCCAUUUUCAUCUUCUAAAUCCCAGCAGUCAUGUGAUAUGAAGUUCAGGCACAAAUUACUGACAAAGGCAUUCUGCGUCUCCAUGGUAACGCGGCUGACUCCCGCGACGUCACUUCCGGCUGCGACAGACGCGCCAGGGGGCGCCGGGCGGUGAGACAGGCGGCGUGACCGAGUGGAGACGCCAGGUGAAUGGGUGUGUGUUGGGGGGCAGGACAAUGUCAAGACGACUGCAUUCCUUCAAAUCCGGUGGCAUUUCAAGAAGCAAAUCAGAGGGAACAUUGAUUGACUUGGAUGGGCAAAAUGCAUCUACGAAUAAACCAGAAAAGUUGGGAAAGGAAUUGGAUCUUCUUAUUAGCUGGUCUGAUGUGUUCCAAGAUCAUUCCCAGAAUUUUGCAAAGCAUACAAACCCCUUUUGGAAUGGCCUUUCUGAAUCCAACCCUUUCUUAGAAGAUGUGGUUCAAGCCAACAUAUUUUCAAAGACUAAUGAACAUACGUCUAUUCUGAAAGAGGACCCUUUUAUGUUGUUCAGGGAUUCAGAAACCAGAAAUUCCGUUUCAAGUUCAGGAGAUGAACUUGAUAUAGAUUGUGUCCUAGAAAAAUCAGCAACAAGGAGAUCAGGAAGGUCUAAGAGUGUUUCUCAUUUGUAUGUUACGCACGACAAGGAAUCCGGUGUCAAUGGUAUUAAUGGACAGAUUUUGGCUCCAGAUUUGGAAUGGCUCCAAAAUGACCGUGAAGCCUAUAAAAUGGCGUGGCUGAGUCAUAGACAAUUAACUCGAUCUUGUCUGGACUUGGAUGUCAUGAGCCAAAGUCCUGGAUGGGCACAGACACAAGCAACGGACACACAUGUAAUUUGCAAGCUAGAUCAUAAAGGAGGAUCUGUGCAGCUUCCAAAUUCGGAUAUAACUGUACAUGUCCCUGAAGGGCAUGUUGGUCCUGGGGAAUUUCAGGACAUCUCUUUAAAAGCUUUUCUCGAUCCACCAGCAUUGCUUAAUAAUGACCUGUCAACUACUGUUAGUCCUCUUCUGGAAAUAACAUUAAGCAAUAUCAAUACCAUUGAAGCUCUUCUUUUGGAGAUGAAAAUUACUGCUGAGGUAAAGAACGAUCCAUACAGUCAAGUAAUGACUGAGAUUGCAACAUUUUACAGUUACAACAAAGAAGGUCCUUUUGAAAAAAUUCCAGAUGGUUACAUUUACAAGAACGUGUUACAAAUAAAAUUGCCAAUCUUGAGUCGUAUCACAUACAUAGUCAGUGCUGCCCAGGCCAAGUCUAUUCAGAAACCAGCCAGCAGUGUUUAUAAUUACAUCCAGAAAAGUUUAACUGUGGCAGUGUAUGGACCAAACCACAUUCAUCCAGCCUUCACCACAGUUUUAGCGGUUAUGGGGCACAACUACACUCCAGACAAAAUUAUGGUAGAUGACCUCAAGAGACGUGGGAAAAAUAUGCCACCACUGGUGUUUCACCUUUGGGGAAAACACAUGUUUCUACUUGAGCCUUUUCAAGAUUUGUCAAUUCAUUUUGUUACAAGGGAAUCCAGUUUUUCAGUGAAGACAGAUAACAAUAAGAUCAAAGAACAUCAACUGACAACAGGUAAGAUGAUUCGGACUCAGUUCCCAUUCUCAUUAAAAGGUGGCAAAGAUGUUGGCUCAUUUUUUUUCACUGUUCAAAUUAAAGACACUGAAGGCUCAUCAUUAUUAUCAGAAUUUGCAGUCAACACUCCAAAUCCUGCACCUAAAAUACAAUUUACUCCAAAAAAUCAAACUCGCCUACAGAAACGUAAAGAAAUCCUGUCGACUCCUGUCAUGCCACUUGUCAACACUGUCAGAUAUCCCAAGUUCCAAGAUAAAACAUUAAAGAUACACAACUUUGCUGUGACCUUAAAGACUGUCCUGCGUCAACAGAAGAUUGACUACUUCUUGGAAUAUUUUAAAGGAGACACCAUUGCACUUCUUGGUGAAGAUAAAGUAAAGGCCAUUGGUCAGACCAAAAUGAAAGAAUGGUAUGUAGGUGUUUUGAGAGGGAAGGUUGGUCUUGUACACUGUAAAAAUGUUAAGAUUAUAUCCAAAGAACAAGUUAUUGACUUUUCAGAUGCACAUUUUACAACCAAAAUGCUUUUGGAGCAGAUCGCACUGCCAUUUAAAAAACUAACUUACAUAUACUCAUCGGUGCUUUCAAAUGUCUCUGAAAAUGUUUAUGACUGGAGAAGCUUAGCUGAUGUCCUUGGUUACUCGCACUUGUCACUAGAUGACCUCUGUCAUGCACUUCCGGAGAAGGAAUCUGACUGCGUUUCGUCUGUAGUGAAAAAGCUGAAAGAAGAUUGCCAUGCUGACACCAAAACGAGAAAAUUUCAUUAUGAACUUAUAAUGGGUCUAUUGAAGAUGGACUGUCAAGGGUUGGUAGCUCGUCUCACACAAGAUACAGUCAUUCUGACUGCUGCUGUACAACUUGGCGUCCGCUGGAGGGAACUGGCUGAGAAACUAGCCAGGUUUACGAAGCAACAGAUUGAGGCCUAUGAGAUCCCUCACCAGGGAAAGAGUGGAGAAGUUAGUUUGCAGAUGAUGUGGAAGCCCGCUUUCGACUUUCUCCACACCUGGGCCGCGCACUUUGGAGAGAGUUACAGAGAUGUGUUACAAGACUUGCACUGUGCUUUGGACAGGAUGAAGUAUCCUGUCACCAGGGAAUGGAGGGAACUCAGUGGAGCUCUCAUCUUUGUUAACUGCCUAGAGAUACUCCGAACGACUUCCUUCUCCAAGUCCGAAGAUUAAUUCUAAACUGAAUUCAUGGAGUAUUUAUUUUCAUAUGUAUGAAAACAUGCAUAUGAUUUGUUGCUAAACUGGGUCUGAACUGUACCUUCAACAUUGUGGAAACCAGGCACAGACAUUAGCUGCUGGUACAGUAAUACAGACUGUUCUAUUCAUGUCCCAGCAGUUUGGCUUUAUUUCAUCAGUGUCAUUAGCUACAUUCCAGUAGACAGGUGCCAUAGCAACCCAAACAGUGUUCCAAAAUGACAGGAUGACAAGUGCGCCAAUAUAUUUUUACAGUGUAUAUAAAGUACAGUAAUCAAACGUAUAAUACUAAAACGUUUAACCUCUUUUAUCCAGGUAUUUUUUUUUUAACAAUGUUUUUAGCAGGUUUUUUUUACCUAUUUCUGUGAAUACAUUUAGAAAGUAUCCCUUUAUAAAUGCCUGAUUAAUAUUGAUACUGUGAUAAUGACCUUUAAAUUAUAUUGUUUAUAUACUCAGUGUUUAUAUACUGUGAUAAUCUCUUGUAUAUUAAUGCAUACUAUGUAUCAUACUUGCUUACUUUAUGUUUCUCCUCUCUGGGAGAAGUAGGAGAUGCAGCUGACCACUUUGAGGGGAGGGCAAGGCUCGUCGCAUCAUUAGGCCCUGCCACUGAUGCAUAAUUUUAUCCCCACCCACAAUUACCGGUACAGUCUCCCCAUCCUACCCACUUCAAUAGGAAGGGGAGAUCCACCCAUUUAUGCGGGAGUCCAGGGGGGCUACCCAAAAAAUGGGAAGUCUCCUGCACCUUCUGGGAGAGUAGGUAAGUAAGCUAUAGUUACAAUCUCAUUACUUUUUUGACAGUUUUGGCAUAAUCAGUGAUUUUCUUUAACUACAAUGGCAUACUUCUUGCAAGCUGGGUGUAUGUACAAUACUUUGUUUCAUACAGAGGGAUGUCUGACACCACUGUUGCAUCUGAGCUGGUAUGACAGAACCCCAUACUUGCCAUCCCUCCCGGAAUGGCCGGGAGGCUCCCGAAAAUCGUGUGGCGCUCCCAACCCCCUGAAAAGGCAUGCAAGGCUCCCGCAUACUUGCUACAGCCCCCCACACCCCCCUCAGUCAUCCACAAUAGAGUACAAGUGAGUGGGCCAGGGGACAUGAUGAUGACCCCCCCCCCACCUGCUACACAGUGCCCAAUUUCUCAACACUGUAGAAUGGGGUCAAGGCCACGAUGACGCAAUCAUGCCACCACGCCCCCGGACAGCCCUCCUUUAUGCUGGCCAUGCAACCUAUACACUGAACAAGCUGCCCCCUCCCGGAGAAGGUGGUAAGUAUGCCGUACGUCACAUUACUUUUCUGUGUGGUUGAAGCAAUUUGCAUCUCCCACUAUCUCUCUCUCUCCGUUGGUUCACUAUUGCCUCCGUUCACCUCCUCACAUCACCACAUUGUCCCUGUCACAUGCAACCCUGUCCACAUUAAUAUAACUGCAUAUUUGUACAAUACUGUAUUUUCAUAAUGCCAUGUUCAGGAAUACAGGGCUAUGGACUUUUACCCUGUUUACCAACUGGAUUCACACUUUUCUGCCCUGAAAAACAUAAUUAUCAGAGAGGGAUAUUCAAUUAGCUGCAAAUUGGCAUAAAAUUGUGUAACGCAGAUUAAAAACCCACAGGUCAUGACUGUUUGCUAUUCAAUUAGAAAUCUGUGUUAAGUUAGUGCAAGUCUCAGUAGGCGUUAAUGGCGAUUUUAGUUUCCAAAAAUCCUUAUUUCAAUGUAAAAUGGAGGACACUGAGCAGUGCCCAUGGAACACCCCUCUCUAUAACUAAUAAUGUAAUUACAGGUAUUUAAAUAAGAAAAUAUGGGCAAUAAAUACAUGCCAUUUUUUAUGUCUUCAUGGUGUGGUAUUAAUUGGAUUUUUUUUUAUUGUUUUACUUUUUAUUAUUUCCACUUAAAAAAACACCACAGACAUAUUACUGUAGCCCAAGACACUCCAGACACCGUUAUAUUCUGAAAUACACUUGCUGGUCAUUUUUCUAUCAUUUAUAAAAGUUCCAAAAUGAAACCAUUUGACACCACAAAACAUCCUGCAAUACUCUGCUUCUAGCCACUAGCUUGCCUGCUACACUGCCUAGCUAUAUUAUUGGUCAUUCUUUUGGCGGUUCAGGAUGACUUCCACACUCUUUCAUGUACUUCACAUAAGUCGCACACUGCGGAAUCUCCGAGCAAUGUUCACAACAUGACAUUACUAAUUUAAAUGACCAAGUUUCGUGAGCGUGCUUCAUGAAAAUAUCCUGCAAGAUACAUGUAAUAUUAGCUCCCGUGCACAGGGCUUGGUACCCAAGUCUAAUUGAAUCUCCCCUGAGUGCAUGUAGCUUAAAACUGGGAUGAUUACAUAUCCAUUUUAAUACUGCAAUUUGUAAAUACAAUUUCCAUUUGGAUUUCUAAUUGUCAUUGCGGAAUAAAUCAGUUUAGUUGAAAAUAUCAGCAGCUGGUGCCAUCUGCUGUAAGUAAAAUGGCCAAACAUUAUGGGAACAUUUUUUAAUGUCUUCACUGUGGUGAUCAGUGUAUCUAAUUUAGGUGAGGUGUUCUGUUGUUUUGGGAUACGGUCAGUACUGACAGUCAGAAUAUUGAAGGCAGAAUACCGUCAUAUUGAGAUGGUAAGUACUGGGGCUAGGGUUAGGCACUACGGCAGGGGCCUGUUAUUAAAGGAGGGAGGUCCGUGUUCAACCUCCUCCAUAUGGGCCCCCUCAUCUGCAGCCGGCGGAACAAUUAUCUGAACAAUAGGGGCCAAUGACUGUAUUGCACAUACUCGGCGGGCCAUUUUCCCAGGAGAUUUCCUUACUACGUAUGUGUAACAUGCAGGAAAAUGGCCUCCACACCAUUUUCCCGAUGAUUUGUGGCGGGGUGCUUUCAAGAUGGGGGACUCUGGAGAGGAGAAUAUUGAAAAAAAAUGCAUCCAUUAUAAAUACGCCACUGCAUUAGGGGGAUAGUUAGGGAUAGGUUGCAGGGAAGAGGGAGAUUAGGGUUAGGCUGUGCGAGGGGGCAGUUUGGGUUAGGCUGUGGGAAAGGUGGAUUAGGGAUAGGGGAUAAAAUACUUACCAGUAUGUCUGGAUUUUGACCGAUGGGAUGCAGACCAUUGGGAUUGUAACUGCCAGGAUUUUGUACCCAACCCGGUUGUGCUAUGUGACAGAUUGUAACUUGGUCAAUAUUAGGUACUUGCAGAGCUGUGCUUUAUACUGAAAUACAUAGCACAUUAUACCACUAACACUGCCUGUAAAAUAGUGCAUAUUUCAAAGUAGCUUGACUAGUAUUAAAGGUCUUAUUUCGAUUUUGAAAUAUGACCAUUUUUAUGGCAUAAAUAUACGCAUUUCCAUACUGUACAUGUGCCCGAAAAUGCAUCUGCAUUAGAUAUUUAUGCAUCUCAGAUUUGUGGCACAUUAGGUACAGAGAGACCUUCACAUCUAAUAAUAACACUGUCAAGUGGUAUGUAGUGGAAGUACAAAUAAUGCCAUUCUACGACACAAAUGUGCCCUGUGUCGGCCCCUACACCUCCCCUCCCUGCACAUGUGACAUCAUGACAUCACAGAAAUGGCCAUCCAAAAGGUGCAGUUACGUACACCAUGCAAGCCAAAUACAGUUGGUGAGUGUCCCUUUUGCCAAAUAGUAUAGUUAUACAAUUAUAGUAGUAUAGCUAGAAGCAACUCUGCAGAUGUAAUUCUCUUCUGGAACCCCAGAGUAAAUGUUUGUCACCACUUCACUAGAAUACAGUAGAUAUUUAUUUUGCAAUUACCUUUUUUCUUCUCAUGAAGGAAAUAAUAUUGCCACAUUUAAUAUGAUUUUGUGACGUUUGUUACAGGUAGCAUUUCAUACAUGCUCUCACCUAUUAUCUUUCGUCAUUGUUGUUCCGGACCACCUUUGUUUAUAGAGGUCACAAUGCUCACUUCCCCCUCCAUUUGCCAUAGUGGUGUCAUUGCAUAUCAUAGAUAUACUGUAUAUAUAUAUAUAUACAGGGUCGGACUGGCCCACAGGGGUACAGGGUAAACCACCAGUGGGCCCCGCUGCCUGAGGGCCCACUCCUUCCUCUAGGGAUCAGGUUCCAGACUGUGCACUUGUAUUAUACAUGGUAGAUAUGUUGCAUUACACUGCAUAAGACUAUUGUGCAUUUCAAGCCUCUGUGAAGACUGGCCACAUCCCUAAGUAUGGGCCCCUAUCACUGCAUCCCCACGUUUUUUGUUGUUCUAUCUCCAUUAAAUAAUGUGUUACUGUAUCAGUCUUGCUAUGUGUCUUUUGUGCAUUUCUUGUAAUAUGUUUUUUUACCUAAUAAUGUUAUUUAAGACUCAAUAUUCUGUUACACCUGUCUGUACUAAUAAGGUAAAAUAUAAAAUGCUAUUUGCUUACUGUAAGAGACAACACAACAAACGACAGUAAUAAUUGUAGUAAGACUUGGAAACUCAGCUUGGUUAACAUACAGUAUAAAUAUGGGAGGCGCGGAUACACCCAGUUCUGUAAUGUAUUUGCAAAUCCCUCGGGGUGAGGCCGGCUUGUAAAAGCCUGUCACUGGCAACCAUUGUCUUUCAUCUAUUUUAUGUGACUCAAAUUGUCUGAGUAAAAAUGUUUAUAUAAUA